UUUGACCAAUCAGAUACUCUUUUUACUCUUUUGGCGGGGGCGGGGGGAGGGGAACAACAAGGUUUCUCUGUAACUUUGGAGCCAAUCAGAUACUCUUAACGCUGCCGGGCACUCCGAAUAUUACUUAGCCAAUGAGUUUGUGGCGCGGGACUUUCGAAAGUUUCAAGGCCAAUCAGAAUGUUUCUAAGUAUAUUUAAGGGCAAGAUUUCCCUUCCUCCACUACAGUUGUGUAGUUUUCGUUACUACUAUGGCUCGCACAAAGCAGACCGCUCGCAAGUCCACCGGCGGCAAGGCCCCGCGCAAGCAGCUGGCCACCAAGGCUGCCCGCAAGAGCGCCCCGGCCACCGGCGGCGUGAAGAAGCCGCACCGCUACCGGCCCGGCACCGUGGCGCUGCGCGAGAUCCGGCGCUACCAGAAGUCCACCGAGCUGCUGAUCCGCAAGCUGCCGUUCCAGCGGCUGGUGCGCGAGAUCGCGCAGGACUUCAAGACCGACCUGCGCUUCCAGAGCUCGGCCGUCAUGGCGCUGCAGGAGGCCAGCGAGGCCUACCUGGUGGGUCUGUUUGAGGACACCAACCUGUGCGCCAUCCACGCCAAGCGCGUCACCAUCAUGCCCAAGGACAUCCAGCUGGCUCGCCGCAUCCGUGGCGAGAGGGCAUAAUUUAUAAUCAUCGUUUUUGUAAAAACAAAAAGGCUCUUUUAAGAGCCACACAAAAUUUCAUGUAAUGGUGCUGUAGCCUUUUAUGUUGUAUUCAAUGGUCACUACUGGUUUUAUGUCCUGAUAUUUUUAGUCCUGUUUCUGAAAUGUUUAGAGGACUAGUUAGGUCUUUAGGUUGUCUGUACACUACGAGUAACUAUAUGGCCCAGUCUUUGUGUUUUUUGCUGAGUCUUCCACUUUCAGGAUAAAAGCAUCAAAUCUUUAUCCAGAUUAAGAAAUGUAGAUGUUAAAUAUCUAAAUCUAGGUAGCUGGGAAUAUUCUAAUUUUGGAAAAUACAUAAUUUAAGGAAGCUGUUUUCACAUAGCGUUCUGUUUGCUUUCUGGUUAAAAUAUUUUGUAUGCACACAUGCGUAUACAAAAACCCAAGUCAAAAUGACUACAAUACAUAAUAAAGUUAUUCAUAACGUAAUACCAAAUAACAGAACAAGUACAGACAGACCCAAAUACCCCCCUUAGAAUUUAAAGGUCAGACACUUGGUUUUCAUUAACUUCCUGGUAAACUUGUCUCUAAGUUUUGGCUUUCUCAAAUCAUACAUGGCUCCCCACCUGCAUCCCAUACUUGGUUUACAUUUUACUUUGCAGAGCUCAUCUGAUUUGAGACUUGCUGCGUUCUAGAAUCCUUUAGAUGGUAAUGCCAUUCCCCAAGGAAGUGGUGAGAAAGCAUGUAGUGAUUAAUAAAAACGAUAAUUAGGAGCAAUCUGAACACUCUUGACCUCAAGUGAAAUCCCUGCUAUAACAUUAGAACACUUUAUAGAUUCAUCCAGUAUUGAAUCAUGUACUAAGAGGAGCCCUUAACCUCAUCAGGAGGUUGAAGCAAGAUGGUAAGGAAUUUGAGGCCUGGCUGUCACAGGUGAAUUGUGGGUCAACAAGGGCAACAACGCGACAGCUUGUCUCAAAAGAAACAAAUAUAAAAGGUAGCUUGAAAUGUUACUUAAAAUUAUUACCAGCUAUCAAAUCAUUUUCUUCCACUUCAGACUAAGGGAUUUUAAUAAGUUAGCGACUGACAAAUGUUAUCAGCCAGUCUCACAGCAAACAAAGACAAUAUCUUCUGUUAAACUGGUUUGUACAAAAAUGGAUGAUCAAACACAAUUUCUUAUUCAUCUUCUUCAAAGGUGAUUCCAUUUCAGAUAUAAGGCUGCCUCCAGACAGACAAGAGAAGUUGUGAUAGCCGGCCUUGAUUACAUUCUGAACUUGGUCAGAGCUGGCGUGAAGAGACAUCGAUGAG